CCCAAUCCAUCCCUAGCUCCAUCCUUCCCUUCCUUCAGCUUAACCACCCAUUGGCCCUGCAUCCCUAGCUCCAUCAUCCCUCUGUCUCCACCUCCAGCCAGCCAUCCUUCCAUCCUCUCCUCUGCCCGUCUCUCCAACCAUCCCUAGCUCCAUCAUCUCCUCCAUCCAUCCCUCCAUCCAUGCCCCCCCCCGGGGAUGGACCCUGGAGCAGCCUGUCCCCUCACCAGUCCCCCCUCGCCCUUCCCAGGUGUGGCGGAGAUGGAGAAGCUGAAGGAUAUCUUCUCCAAUGUCAUCUUCUCUCUGGAGCAGAAGGGCAUGGCCAAGGUUCCCUACCAGGUGGCCGUGCCGGAGGCCGUGGCGCGGAUCCAGCCAGAGCUGGCUCAGCUGAAACCAGCUCCUGCCUGUGUCCCGCCGUGCGGGUACCAGAAAGACGCCCAGGUCUACAAAUGCGCCUCGUGCAGUCGAGUGGAGUGUCAGCUCCCCCUGGACUGUCCAGUGGAGGACAUCUGGAAGAACGAGGGGGAGAGGACGGCUCUGACAUGCAGGGUCCCGUUCCAGACCCCCCCUGACGUCCAGUACAGCUGGAAGUUUGUCAAGGACCUCCGGACUCGAGAUCUCUCCCUCUUCCGGGACCUGCAUCCAGGUGCCAGCUCCUCCAUCGUCCUCCGCCCCACGCGGGGCUCGCACCGCGGCACCUACGCCUGCCAGCUAGCCCAGGAAGAUGACGUGCUAGCCCGGAACUACUUCUACCUCAAUGUGACUGCCAGCAGCCAGGGGGCAGAGACAGAGCUGCAGGAGAUGUUCCGCGCCAUCCUGCAGUCCCCAGCGGGGCGCAGGGCUGAGGGCCGGCUUCCUGGGCUCUCGGAGCUGCUGGCUGAACCCGACUCGCUGCACAGGAGGAAUGUGGUGCUGCUGAUGGUGGGGCUGGCGCUGAGCGCCCUGCUGGGCACCCUGCUGCUGGGGGGCGUCUGUCGCUGGGCCAUGGGCCGGCCCUGAUGUACCCGGCCUGGGCCCUGGACUCGCCUCUGCUUCGGCGCCCCGGGACUGGCACCGUCAAUUCUCUAUCAGAAUAAACCCAACUUCCAGCCUGA